AUCGAAAAAAAUUCCCAGAACACAGGUAAGCCUUUUAUUUCUGUACUUCUUCUUUUUAGGUUCCCUACAGAGUCGUUCCGCUAGGCGAAGAGCCGACAAAGCUCCAGCGGAUACUCGAACUCCUCCAACUGUGCAGGACGUGUCUGGUUUCGACUUGGCAGACUCAAACGAUCCCGGUAAAUUCGCAGUCUUUCGAAAAUGUUUCGGUUUUUCGAAAUGGCAUUAAAUACGUGUAAACAACGCGAGUCCCUGGGAUGGCGUGCAUAGUGUGCAGUGACAAAGGUGGCUGCUCUUCGUGUUGUUGCCAGUCGUGUCACCUUCCUGUACGUGUGCUGGCGAAACCGUCCGCUCUUUUUGAGUGGAUUUUUUCCACGAACUCAGCACUUCUUCUCUGAAGCAUGGUGCUUACCACAUCCUUUCAAAGCCCUGAAGAACCUGUUUCGGUGCCCGGCACUGUGCAGCUGCGGUAGCGCGUUGUUUCCCUUUCCUUUGUGACUUUCCGUUUGGCCGCGCGCGACCUCAGGCAGGGGAAGGGCACUCUCUGUUUGCGGCGCUUCAUUUGUCUCAUGAAUAUGCGAGCAAGCCGUGACCAUACAAAAGCGGCGUAAGUCUCGUGGAAGGCGUUCUUUCCACCUCACCGCCUUCUGGAGUGUCAAGACCGGUGGUCCCACAUGGCCCAGCGAAAUCGCCAGUCUCCGCCUGCGGGCACCUCUCGCAAGCGCCAGCACCGGGACGAGACCGAUGACGAAAGCGACAGGGAUGAAGAGUCCGACAGGCCUAAGACAACGAAGGCAGAAAGGAAAGACAAGAAGGAGAGGAACGGCCGGAAUUUCAUGCAUGUGGGCGAGAAAAAGAAAUGGAAGAAACGGCGCGAACCCCUAGACAUCAACCUCAUCAUUGCCCAAGAGGAAAUCGACAAGUCAGACGCUCCUUGCUGGGCGACGCUCCAUGCAGGACCCUCCGCUCUGCUUCCCCGGCGUCUCUGCUGCUGCUGUGGGUUUCCAGCGAAGUAUCGCUGCCCUCUGUGCGCGAACGGCCGACGUGUCGGUUCGUCUUUUUCUGCCACGACUCAGGACGCUGCAUCCCGAGCUAGUCAGUUCGCUGAGUCUCGCUACCAACUUCAGGGUCGCUACGUUUGCUCCUCUCACUGUCUGAAUGUGCAUCAGGCGCACGACUGCGCACCAAAACACCUUCUCCACUGGAUGUGACAGGUCUGCUAUUUGCGGCUGCGUGGCAGUUUUCUCGGCAGCUUGCCUUCACCUCGGGCGUCUCAUCUGGAGUUCCUAAGACAGAUGUACGAGUGCGUGGCACUGGCAAAACUCGCAACGGAGAGGUGACCCUAUUCGUUGUCGCAAUGCCAUCCUGGUUCAGGAAGGCGGAUCUUCAUCCGCAACGAAACACCUCACAAAACCCGACAGGAAGUGAACCUUGGCCAAGCGGUUGGUCACGCGAGCAAAGAGUGAAAUCUAAACUGAAAUCUAGGGACGUGACAGCUCUCUGAAGGAAAGUUUUGGCGAAGUCUUUGUGAACGUAGAGGUGACGGGUUUUGUACCACUGUUCUUAACGUUUCGGUAACAAGGCAUCGCAUGCAGCGGUUCGGGACAUGAAAAGCACACGACUCUUGCAAGGGAAAGCGUGACGGCGACCUUUCGUUCUCGUGCUCUCAGCAAGAGUUCCGGAAAUGGUGGAUGGUGGUGCCGUCUUUUUAAAAACGAACAUGUGUCCAAAGCGAAAAAACUGCGUUCGUUUAUUGACAGAUUGCGUCCAAUCGAAUCCGUAUUCCACGGUAGUCGUUCGUGCUGUCCGAAACACACCUUGUUGGCAGAAACGCCUUGCAGGAUAAUUCUACGCGGUAAAUCCACCCUCAGA